CAUGCCAGAAACACGAGUUAUCCCUGAUAAUUUUGAACAGCGGAUACUCCCCAAAGCGAUGGCAUUAACAUGGCGGACAAGAUCUCUAGUUGUAGGACUUUGUGCAUUUUCAGUCAUAACCACCUUAGUGAACAAGCAUGUUUUAUCAGACCUGAGGUUUACCUAUCCAACAGUUUUUCAAAGUUGGCAGACAGGAACUGUAGCUUUGGUGUUACUUUCUUUGAAUGCUCUAGGAUAUAUUGAACUUACCUUUUUGCCUGUAACCAGCCCCACUCUUGCAUCAUGGCUCCCUGCCUCAGUGCUGUUCAGUGGAAUGAUUUAUUCAGGAUCAGUUGCUCUAUCAAGACUGCUAGUUCCAGUUUUCUGUGGCAUGUGUUACUUACAGAAUCUAUUUGUGGCAUUAUUAGAGUCAUUUAUACUUAAAAAGGAGCCAUCAACAAACUCACAAUUCAGUUUGAUAUUUACAGCAAUUGCCACAGUGUCUGUGGCAGGGACUGAUGUUCAGUUUGAUCAGAUGGGCUACAAAUGGCUUAUGAUUCACUGUGGACUUUCAGCUAUUUAUGUUUAUUAUGGAAAAUUCCAAUAUAAGAAAUCAUUAAGUGACUUGGAUAAAUUAUUCUACAAUGCCUUUGUCAGGUUUGUUUUGUCUCUAGGCAGUGACAAUCUUGAUUCUGAUAAGUUUCAUUCAUUUGACGGUUUGGUUGUUUUUGUACAUGUAGUUGUUGUUUUUUUCAGUGGUUCUUGACUCUUUUUCGUGUUCUUCCUAGUUUUUAUUUGGACUGAAAGAUGAUUGACAGUUGAAACAGUCUAAGGCUACUUUUCUAGUCUAUCAGGGUUUUCGUAUGUUGUUAUGUUCUUCAUAAUGUGACUGGUAAUGGACUUUCAUUAGCAUCUCUAUCUCUGAAAGUCAGAAUCAAAUAUCAGAUGGCUUUAGGAAAAUCAAGUUUUUAUGCACCUUGUUGUUUUUCUUUUUACUGUUGUUUUUGUCUCUUGGGCUGGUACUCAAUUGAGAUAUUGGUCAAUAACUAUUUCUUGUCUCUGUUUUUCUUUCAGUGUAAUUCUUUUGAUGGCAAUUAGUGUUUUAACGGGUGAGCUGUACAAAAUAAUUGAGUUUCCUUUCCUAUAUUCCACACAUUUUCACCUAGGAUGCGUGGGAAGUGGCGUAUUUGGAGCAGCACUCGGGCUGUUAAAAGUGUCUCUGUUGAAUACAGAAGUUUUCUUUUCUUUGGGAAUAAUAGAUAGCCUCAAUAAGGUUGCCGUAUCUUUUCUGUCGCUGUUUAUUUUCGAUAUCACCCUUGACAUUAACAUGGCUGUGAGUAUCAUCGCAGC